UCAAUAACUCUCUUCGAUGACUUUGAACAUAUAACAUGGAAGAACAGCACCAUGGACAAGAACAAGAUCAAAAUCAACAGCAGCAAGCGUAUGCGCCACCAGAAUAUAGCUUCGACAAUGCCUCUCUCUAUGCCUCCAUAAAUGCAGCAUCCCUUUCCUCACCACUCGAAAACAACUUUUGGAGGUCUGCCAGAUGGUCGCCAGAUGGGUCUGCUGUACUUACAACUACGGAGGAUCGCUCGUUUCGCAUACACACCCUGAGUGAGACCAGCCUCGGUACAUUCGACACCCACCAAUUCAAGCAGCCCGAUAGUAUAACGUCAUCAAUAUGGUUUCCGACCGCCUCAUCUCUGGUUCCGGAGAGCUUCUGCUUUGUGGCUGGGAUAAGGGACAAUCCUGUCAAGCUUAUCGAUGCGAAGACCGGCAAUGUGAGAGCGAGCUACCCCAUCAUAGACCAUCGAGAGCGAUUCAUAUCGCCGUACAGUCUUGCCUUUCACCCCUCACUCUCUAAACUAUAUUGCGGCUGCUCUUCUUUCAUCGAAAUUAUUGAUCUCACUUCAUCAUCGUCUACCCGGCUCAAAACGACUUUCACAAGGUCGUCCAAGGAUGGGCAGAAAGGAAUCAUCUCGGCACUUGCUUUUGCACCUGAUACCACAGGGAGUUUUGUUGCUGGAGGGUACGAUGGAUCCGUAGGGAUGUACACGGAAGACGGGGAUUUGGAAGGAUGGUUGGGUGGACUGGAAGUUGGGGGUGUGACGCAAUUAUCGUACCACCCGCUCAACCCAACCCUUCUUUUUGUCGCUUCGAGGCGAUCAGAUGUAAUCCAAGUAUAUGAUAUCCGUAACCCCUCUCAGCCGCUGCAUAGUCUCCCGAGAAAAGGGCGGACAAAUCAGAGGUUAUGGUUUGAUAUAGACGUUUGGGGCAGAUGGCUGGCGAGUGGUGAUGAGGAGGGGUUAGUCAAGGUCUGGGAUAUCAUCAGUCCGGAGGUGCCUGUUGUGUUUGAGGAAAAACUGCAUAAUGACGCUGUCAGCUCUGUUCAACUUCACCCUUACUACCCUCUCCUUUUAACAUCUUCAGGCUCCAGAAAUAUGACUGCUUCAGGUUCAACGCUCGAUAACGAAUCGAAUGAAGGCUCUCAAUCAGAUUCAGAUUCAGAUUCAGAUGACUCAGGUUCAGGGCUUGAGAACGAGGGUAGUGGGGGUAUGACUACUCCGAUAAGCAACAUUAAAGAUUCGACGAUGAAAAUAUGGUCGUUCUUACCUCCAGCGUCCAGCUAGGUGUUUCGUGUUGCCAAAUUACAUGGGAUGGAAAUAGCUGGCUUCUUCAAGCAGGAUGUUGCCCGUCCAGUAUGGCAUGUGUCUCAGUUGCUUGAGCCUAUUGAAAGGCCGGGCAUGCCGGUCGCCCCUUGCAUUACAUUUCUGCGACCACCACGCAGCUUCUCAUUGGAGACUCAAGUAGCAGUCUAUAUAUAACUGGACAUAUGCAUAACAAUAUAUCUAU